AUGCCUUUGGCCGUUGACCUGCUUCACCCAGAGCCGCAAAGGGAGAUCAGACGCCACAAGCUCAAGCGUCUCGUUCAACACCCGAACUCCUACUUCAUGGACGUCAAGUGCUCGGGAUGCUUCAAGGUAAGAAUUUUGAAAUUCUGCUGAUAAGUGCGCAAGCAUCAAUGAUUAAUUUUCAGAUUUCGACCGUCUUCUCGCACGCCACGACUGUUGUCGUCUGCGUCGGAUGCAACACCGUCCUGUGCCAGCCAACCAGAGGAAAGGCUAAGCUCACCGACGGAUGCUCCUUCCGCAAGAAGCAAUAA